CGGAGUCAGAAAAGGGACCCAGAGAAACCUGCGGCGGAUUAUCACUAGAUUUCACCUCUUUUGCUUUUAACUGUUGUGUUUAUCUCUUGCUUUAUUUUUAUUUUUUUAACGAAUCCACUACUUUAACGGAUAUGUUGGUAGAAGUUUCAAAGGGAACUUUCCUCCUCCUCUCCUGCAUGUUGCUGGAACCCGUGUUUUCAAUGCCGAAUCAGAUGUGUGACAUGAGGAGGGAGAUAGAAAAGGAGAGAGACUUGUGUGAGGCUCAGAUCCAGAACAGAACAACAGGCUGCAAUGGUACGUGGGACAAGAUCACCUGCUGGCCCAGUGCCGACAUCGGAAAGGUGGUUACCAUCCCUUGCCCCAAAUAUCUCUUCGACUUCUCCAGGGAUGUCCUUACACGUAACCUGUCAAAGACCUGCACUGAGGGCGGUUGGACCCCGAUCAGCUUGGACUCCUACAUAAUGGACUGUGGAUACAAUCCCAACAGCACCGUGGAUGAUAAUACGGGAGUAUUCUAUGACGCUAUCAAAGUGGGUUACACCAUUGGUCACAGCGUGUCGCUCAUUUCUCUGACGAUCGCCAUCAUCAUACUGUGUCUCUUUCGGAAGCUGCACUGCACAAGAAACUACAUCCACAUGCAUCUCUUUGUGUCUUUCAUACUGAAAGCUGUGGCUGUUUUCAUCAAGGACGUGGUUCUGUAUGAUGUUGGGGAGACAGAAAAUUGCCAGUCAUCUGUGGGCUGCAAGGCAGUGGUGGUCUUCUUCCAGUAUGCGAUCAUGGCGAGUUUCUUCUGGCUGCUGGUGGAGGGCCUCUAUCUCCACGCUCUGUUAGCCGUCUCCUUCUUCUCUGAGAGGAAGUACUUCUGGUGGUACAUCCUGAUUGGUUGGGGGGCUCCCACCAUCUUUAUCUUGGCAUGGGUCAUUACAAAGGCUUAUUUAAAUGAUCCAGGAUGCUGGGAGACAAUCGAGGACAGUCCAUGGUGGAUCAUCAAAACACCUAUUUUAGUCACCAUACUUGUGAACUUUUUCCUUUUCAUUUGUGUAAUCCGGAUUUUGCGACAGAAGAUGAAUUGCCCCGACAUUGGAAGAAAGGAAUCAAACCAGUACUCGAGACUGGCUAAAUCCACGCUGUUGUUGAUACCUCUCUUUGGAAUCAACUACAUCAUUUUUGCCUUCAUUCCUGAGGACAUACACCCUCAAAUCAGGAUGGUGUUUGAUCUUAUUCUAGGGUCAUUUCAGGGGUUUCUUGUUGCAGUUUUGUACUGCUUUUUGAAUGGAGAGGUACAGUCGGAGAUUAAGCGUAAGUGGCGCAGAUGGUUGCUGCAGAGGUUCCUGGGUGCUAACACUAAGUACCAGCAGCCCUCCAUAGGCAGCAACGGCAAUAACUUCAGCACCCAGAUUACCAUGUUGACCAAAUGCAGCCCUAGUACACGCCGGGCAUCAGGGUGUCAGGAGCACCUCUCUGCCAUCUGAAACCCAAGCUAACUGCCCUCUCUGAUUUUUAUCAUUAUGUACUAAAUGUGUGGCUCACAUGCAAUUGGUUGCUGAAGGCCAAUGUGACAUUUUAGUACCGAAGCUAAUAUUUGUUCAUUGUUCAAAAAUGACAAGCAGUCAAUGUUUUUCAUGCCAGGGUGGAAAGGUAUCUAUAACCACUAAGGAAACACUCCACUUGUUCAAUGAAUGGGUUAAAAAUGUAUCUGUACAUGAAGAAUUAACAGCUAAACUGUUACACUAAAAAAGAAACAGUGUCAUUUACAAAGACAAUUUUAAGUUUCGGUGGCUUUGAUCAGGGAGCUACUCCCAUUGUACUGACUGACUGACUCACUGGCAGGUAGUCUGAUAUUUACAUAAAGAUCUGUGUCACACUGACGUACUACAGUAUAAUGCUCUGGUGAGGUUACGUGAGUCGACCUAAACUGACUAUUGAGAAGUUGUUAAAAAUCAAUUGUCAGAAUAACAUUAACUAAAUCUCUGAAUACAGCAGGGAAAGAGAUCUUCAUGAUCACAGUGUCAGUUAAAAGGAAAUGGGACUCUUGGCCAGCGUUUUCCAUCUAAUGUUAAGCAAUAGAUGGAUUGAGCCAGAGACGAGCUGCGUCCUAUAAGAAACAAGAUGUUUAUGAAAAGGGUGUGUUACACAAGAGGACUCCAAGCACUUAACCUAAUGGCCAUGUUGCUUAAGGGACCAGUGGCAACAACAUUAAUGAUUGUGUCAGGCUGUCAUGAACAGCAGUCACAGAGGAGGAAUCUAUAGCAUAAGCAGCGUAUACACUGGAUGUUCCUAUCCUGUGUAUGACAGUUUUAUACAGGGCAUACACUCUGCUGAAUUACUGCCGGUUAACAUUCCAGGGGAGAGACUAAAGCUCCUGCUUGUGAAAUUUAUCUCAGAUUACAAAGGCUUUUAGUUUUGUCUGAGUGCACACUUGUUUUACAGAUAUUCGUUUUUGCCGUUUCUGUAUUCUGUGUGUAGUAUUGGUAUGUAUUAUUAGUCCACAAUACACAACAUUGUGAGUUAAUAUGUGGCAAUAACAAUUAACUUCCAUUGACUGGACUGCAUGGACAAUUCAUUUCAUUGGAUUGAUUGUUAGUUCUCUAUUCGAUUCGAUUCUACACUGACAGGUUAAAUAUAUAUGUUGUAUCGUAUUGUUUUUAGCCAUGCCAGCAGUGUUACUUUAUGGAUGGUGUCAAUUUGUUGGCACAUCACUUUGGUCCAGACUGAAAUAUCUUAGUGUUGUAUAUAUUGCCAUGAAAUUUUGUACAGACAUUCAAGAUUCCUAGUAGAUGAAUCCCAUUGACUUUGGUGAUCCCCCGACUUUUUCUCUUGUGCUCGAUGAAGUUCACAUUUGUGGUUUUGAGGGAGAGCUCAGAUAUUCAUUAGACAUUCAUGUUCCAAACCUGGAUGAACUGUGAUAACUAUGGUUAUGGAUUUUAUUUAGAGCCAUGAUCAGGUGACAAAUUCAUUUUGUCCAGGACUUAUUUGACGAAACACCUUCAAAACUAAUGACAUUCUCAUCAGCCUCAGCUGUACUUUGUGUUUAGUGCUAAUUAGAAAAUGCUAGCAUGGCAAGCAUACCAACAUAUAAUAUUAUACAUACAUCAUUAUCUUUGUGAGCAUGUUAGCAUGCUGAUGUCAGCAUUAAAUGGAAAGCACAGCCUCACAGAGCUGAAGCCACCUUCUAAUCAGAAAAGAUAUUUUCCUACGUUCAGGCAGUGGCAGGGCCACAUUUCAUGUGGUAGUCAUGUUGGAGUUCAGUGUUUACUUUAGUUCCCCCUCUUGCUCUUGUUGUACCAGUGUGUGUAAAACUGAAACUGAACUGAACCUAACUGAAAGUACCUCAGACUAAGUGUCAUACACAGCUAUUGUAUAUAAUGUGAAACUGUAAAAAUGGCUGAUGAAUUGGUUUAUGGCGUCUUUUAUGGUGAUGACUUCUAGUGCUCAGGUGUCAACUGGAAAUUGAUGUUUACAUUUAAAAAAGUAUGCUUCUCCCUUAAGCUAUUUGCAUAAUGUCAAUAACGUUGAUGAAGUGUCUUUUACUUGUUGCCAUGUAAAGUUUGUGUAGAUACUGUGCACUGGAUAGUAUAUGGAAUCAGCUGUAAAUAUGUUAUUGAACAAAAUGUCAGAUGAAGAUGAAUAAAACCAU